AUGCUCGUGCCCCAACCAGGCACGGAAGGCGCGGUGGCCUGGAGCUGCGACCGCUUCGGGGGCCCAGGGCCCACGGCUCUGCUGAUGAAGGGCCUGGUGCCCGAGGAGCUGCCCAAGCGCCUGCAUAGCUGCAGCGAGGUGGUUCUGGUGGCGCUGUCAGGAGAGACCUGGGCCCUACCGGAGGCGCCGUUGCCGUUUUCGCCGGCCUUGGGCGAGGGGCGCAUGGAGCUGUCUGCGGCAGCGGCUGCAGCAGCGAUGAGGGGCAGCGUCCGCGUGAUGUGCGAAGCACUGUCGCACAUUGAAGCAGCCAUCCGGGCGCAGGAUGGGGCUGGGCGCGAGGCAGUUGCCGUGCUCGUAGGGACACGUAUCGAAGGCGCGCGGAUCCAGCGAGACGAUUGCACGGGGAUCUGCGGGAUCCUUGGGGUCCAACGCAUCGGCCUGAAGGCCGGGGAGAGCAUGGCGCUGGUCAACGUGCUGGAACAGGAGCAUCUGAUGGAGACAAGUCAGGCGCUGCGUCUGCGGAUCAAGCGCUUGGAGAAAGAAAAGGAGGACCGGGCCGAGGCCCCAGAGUUCCGGAAUGCCCAGGUUCCGAGGUUGCGAGGCGAGGCAGCUGCUGUGCAAGCUGGGCCCAAAGACGGCCUGCUGGACACCCGGCUCUUGGGCGAUGCUGGCGAGGCAAUGGAGCAGGCGGCCACUGUGCUCCGAGAGGUCAACGCCAAGGUGGGCGACAUGCUCCAAGCGAAGGAGAAAGCGGCGCCGCGGCCGCAGAAAAAUGCCCUGUGCUCUUUCUACAAGCCCCUGAAGCGCGAUGCGGUGGAUUGCCUGGUGGCGGCGGAGCUUCUGAGGUCUGGCUUUGAAGAUGCAGCAGAGUUCAGCCGGGUGGGUUCCGGCCAGUACCAGCUUGGCGAGACGGGCCUCAGGCUUUGGUGCUACCUGGAAGCCGGCCAGUUGAUGGCAAGACCAGUCAGUGAGGCUGAAGAUCAGCCCCCCAUCGAGUUUGCAAAGUUCAUCUCCAACCUCGCAGGAUCUCGACACGCAGAUCCGGCGAAGUGA